AUGAUCUCGACAAAGAUCGUGUUGUAUGGAAAUAUAAUAAAAAAAACUAAACAAAAUUAUGUUUCUUAUCGUGCAAUCGACCUCGGUAAUGGUAUUAUAAUUGAAUUCAGUGCAUCAAAAUUGAGAAAUGAUGUUCAAAAUCCAAAGAAACUCAAAUCAGACCAUUCGGAUGAUUAUUUUCUCGUUUGCCAAGUAAUCAAAAUAUAUCAUUUACCAAAGCAUAAUUCAUUCGUUGAAAACUUGGCGAAUCAGUUCAAAGAAAUGACUGUUUUCACUGCGAGGACGUGCACAUUACGAAUGGUUUGUCGUAAUGCAUCUGGAUAUUAUACAAAUGAAAUUACAAUACAAAAGCCACUAAUCACUAACCUUAUGCUCUUCACUAUGCUCAAUACAAAUGACUCAGAAGGCAUCGUUCUUUUGCGUGGCGUUCCAGGAUCAAGUAGAACAAAUUAUAUUCGAUACCUUAUUCACGAAAUCCAAGAUAAAACGUUGAUUUACAUACCACCUGAUAUGGCAAAAGAAAUUUCAUCUCCUGAAUUUCUUCCAUUUUUUAUGGAAUAUGAAAAUGCUAUUUUGAUCAGUGAAGAUGCAGAGAAUAUCAUUAGAGAUCGCAGUGGAACGACAGUAUCAUCACCACAAGCUGUUGCGAAUCUUCUUAACUUGUCGGAUGGGUUAUUAGGUGAUGCGAUGCAUCAACAGAUUAUUGCUACAUUUAAUUGUGAUUUAACAAUUGUCGAUCGAGCUCUACUGCGGAAAGGUCGACUGAUUGCUAAUUAUGAAUUCAAUAGAUUGGAUAUUGAGAGUUAG